AUGCUGAGCAAAGGCAUCGCCCCUACAGGAAUCGCGGCGAAACCGGCGGUCCAAAAGGACUCAGCUGGAAGCAAACUUCUAAAGAAAAUGGGAUGGACCGAAGGACAAGGGCUGGGCGUUCAGAAUCAAGGAAUAACAGCGCCGUUGAUUCACAAGAAAAUCGAUGCAACUCAGGGGAAAAUUGAAAUUGGAAAAAUUUCGGUAAGAAUAGAAAUAGUUGGAGAUGACAGAAUAAAAGUUCAAAAGAUAUUACCACCAAGCAUUGGUCAAUCUCCGCCGACACCAAGUGAAGUUGAAAGUCGAAUUAUGUUGUUGAAAAAUAUGGUCGAUAAAGGCGAGGUUGAUGAGGACUUACAAGAAGAUGUGAAGGAAGAGUGUGAAACAUACGGCACGGUGGAGGAGGUGAAGGUUGUCGAGGUUGGUGACGAAGUGAGAGUAUUCGUUGUGUUUGCUGAUGUUACUGCAUCGCAAAAAGCCAAGAAAAUCAUGCACGGACGAACUUUCGACCAAAAGCGUAUCGAUGCGAGGUAUUAUGAUGAAGACAAGUAUAAAAAGGGUGUUUACGAUUCUUGA